UGCCAUCGCUGCAAUUAGCUCGUUCACCCAAUCAACAAUAUUGCGAUUCCCUAAGUUUGUCAGUGGAGCAGUUUUCUACCCAGAAACUUUCACCUUACAAAAUCCAAGUGAAAUACGAGUGCAUGUCAAUUCGUCCACAGUGCAUCUAGGACCCCACAGACUUCUGGCUUCUGCAGCAUGAGCGACGCGUUCCCCAAGCCGCCUGUGCCCAUUGCAGGGCUUCACGCCGGCAGUAAGAGCGACUUCGGCGAAGACUUGGACGUGGACGAGCUCAUCGAGCGCAACCGCUGCCACGAGGACUAUUACAAGCUGGAAGACUGCCUCGCAGACUUCGAUCGCGACUGGAGAAAAUGCCAGGAGCAGGUCAAGAAGCUCAAGCAGUGCAACGACCGCGCCAACCAAUUGCGCAAGGCACAGGAGGCUGCAGCCGCCGCCAGUAAACACUAAGAACGACACUUGUCUCGCUGUA